CUGCACGGACGGAGAAAGAGACAGGAGAGAGCCACAACAGGAAAAAAGUGGCAAAGACAAAGGUCUGAGCACCCUUUAGGGGGGAAAGGAUAGAGGAGACUCGGGUUUUAGACCGGUUUACGGCAGCCCGGCUGUGACACCAGCGGCAGGUAACGGGCGGGGAAGUGGUCGGCGAGAGAAAAUGAAGUUAUAAAUCAUAAAAGGAGGCGUUGUGGUUGUGUUUGCUGGAGACACGGAGUCACGUAGAGCAGCAUGUGUGACUCCUCUGUUCCUGUGGAACUGUAGCUUUGCCGUCAGCAAGUCUUGGAGGAUGGAAAGACCUGCUAAGCUAUAGGCUUUAGAUGGAAAGAGCUGUCAGCACAUAGAGGAUGGAGGAAGUGGAAAACGCAAAGAGUGACGGCACUAUGAUUGAUGACACCGCUGUGCUGUUGGAGGACUAGUCUGUCAUUUUGGAGCAUCUAGAGUAUCUUUGCUGGUUAUACUUGGUCACUCAUAGCGAUCUUUCUGCACAUCUGUCCUUUAGUGGGAAAGAGACAGAAAGAAGGUUUUGCGGUGUUUGAGAGCCACAGGUCUCAUUUACCCUCCCUCCAGAUACAAGCUCCUCUCUUCCAAGUGGCUGAGAGGUUAUCACGCAAAUGGUUGUCAUGAUGUUCAUGUAGUGUCCUGACAUUAGUAGUUGUGGAGCUGAAGGAGGUACCGGUGGAGGUGGGGGCGGCGACAGCGCUGGCGGUGGUGAACAUCCAGGGAUGGGAAGUGCUCCGUAUCCAGCCGGUGAGUGGAAGGGGAAGGGGCGAGGCAGCCUGCAGGAGCUGGGGUGCAUGCCCUGGAAGGUCAGCAAACAGAAAGGUGGUGGAGGAAGUGGAGGGGGAGGAGGAGGGGAGGCGGUGGUGGGAGCAGAGGAGAAGAGGUCCAGGGAUCCCAGGGAAACUCAGCAGCAAGAUCUCUCAUCGUCCUCUUCUUCACUCACCUCGCCAGCUCCUCCCCAAGCUUCUUUGGUGCCUCCGGCCAUUUAUCACGAAAAGCAACGGCGGGAGCUGUGUGCCCUGCACGCACUCAAUAACGUCUUCCAGGAUGGGACAGCCUUCAGCCGGGACACCCUGCAGGAGAUCUACCAGAGGCUCUCUCCCAGCACUAUGGUGACGCCUCACAAAAAGAGCAUGCUGGGAAACGGGAACUAUGACGUCAAUGUCAUUAUGGCAGCCCUGCAGACCCGAGGGUUUGAGGCAGUUUGGUGGGAUAAAAGAAGGGAUGUUGGCAAUAUUGAACUGUCCAACGUGGAGGGCUUCAUCCUGAACGUACCGUCCAAUCUGCGCUGGGGGCCCCUCCGGUUGCCGCUUAAGCGCCAGCACUGGAUAGGCGUCAGAGAGGUGGGAGGAGUCUACUACAACUUGGACUCCAAGCUACGUAGCCCUCAACCAAUUGGCAAUCCGGAUGAGCUCAGGAAGUUUCUCCACCAGCAGCUACGAGGGAAGAACUGUGAACUCCUGCUAGUCGUCUCAGAGGAAGUGGAGGCGCACCAGACAUGGCGAUCUGAUGGCUAAGGGUUUAACCAGCCUACCACAGCUCUAACUGGGCCAGCAGUCCAAUCGCAGAAUAAACGGAAGAGGAACUAGCAUUGUUGUGCUCAGCCAAACCCCUUUGAUGCACACUUGCAGAUAUAUAUCUACUACACACACACACACACACACACACCUUUUUUGGAGGUUUUGUUUACACAGCCAUUGCUGGACAAUUAUCUGGCGAGAUACAAUGCAAUGAAGGAAGCAAACACUUUACAUACAGGGAGAAUCAAAGAAUCACAGCUCUUUCUCACGACACAGCUAAGACUUCUGAAGUGUUAUCCUGUUUCUGCUAUUCUUGUGGAUUUUUUUUUAUAUUGAUGCAUAUUUUCAAUGUCAGUUUUGAUCUUUUGCUUUUGUUUUUUUUCCCUUUUUACUUUUCUAGUUUCCAAAGUCAUUCGAGUUCAGGCUUUAUGAAAAAUGCUAUGUUCAUGUGCCUGUCUCCUUCAGUGAUCCUCCCCGCUUCUGUCAUGACGUUCACUGAUGUGUCUUUGUGUUUGUGUCCUUCCCUUCGUGUUGUAAAGCUCUCUUUCUCUUUGUCCGUAUCACUUUCACCAAAGCGUGCCCUUCGUUGCCUCAGCGUGACUCCAUCUCUGUCUUUUUCACGUCACUGGUAAGAAUCGGUGAGUGAUCACGUUGCCAACUUUGUAUACUUCAACACCUCCCAAACAUUUCUGGCACAGACAGAGCCUUUGCUGCGGAGGCUCUGCCAACACAACACUUUUAUAUGGCAACAAAGCAAUGCAACAGCACCCUGGCCAAGUAGACCCUCUAGUGGAUGUUUGCCUAAUUUUCAGUCAAGCAAGACAUACCAUCAUCACCUAUCCAGUUUUUCUGAAGUCUCAAACUUCUUAUAGCAUGCCUUGAUUAAGAAGCCAAUGCCCCAUGACUGUUUUUUCCUUUUAAAUCAAUCAUUAAUCAAAAUGGGUCCAGCUUUAAUUUAGCUUAAACACUGGUCAGCACAAGAGUCAUCAACCUUCAGUUUGUCCAGUUUCCCUAAAAAAAAAACAAAUCACAUUUAUAUAAGUUAGUUUUAGUUUGUAUCUUUAACCUGGCUGCUCCCAAAGUUAGAGUAUCACUGCAACAGAGUUAAGUUUGCAUAUCCGAAAAGGUGGUGUUUACCUUUAGCAGGAUUCUUUUACAUCAGCAUAUAAUAAUCAAUUUAGUGUGACAUUUCAAAUGUAAGUCUAAAUGAUAGAUAAAAGUGUACCAGCAAAGCCUGUUCCAUAUUACAAAAUGAAAAAACUUCACCAUAUUUUGUAGAGGCCGAUUUGUUCCUGAUGGGUUGCUUUUUUAUGUAUAUGUAUUCUACAUAUACAGCAUAUAAAUACAUGUGUCAAAUUAGAGGAGGAAUUGCUUUUGUUGUUAAUUCAGAUCUGCUGAGGUGCAAUAUGGCAUUGUAUUAAAGGCAAAAGAAUGGGAGUGUGUAAAACUCUGUAAUGUCGCCGUAAUUGCCCGACACAUCCCUUUCUCCAUUAUUUUCCUUAAAGAAACAGUAAUAUUUAAAAAAAACAAAGGUUACUGCACAUAUCAUACUGAUACUGAGAUAUCUGUAAUAGGUGAGUGUCGUCUAAAAAUAUCAGUUAAGUCAGAUACCAGUUGGGCUCUGUACGCCAGUUAACGAGAGAUCAUGCAUAUGAGGAAAUAAUUUUGUUUCCCUCCAUCACCGACUUCUACUCAGAGCCACCAACAUUUGUUAAACGUCUUCAAAGUGAUCUUUCACGCAGAUGACACAACAGUUAUCAACCCACUGUAGCCCCCACCCUACCUCUUACUUUGGCUUGCGAGUGUCCCCACCACAGCAGUCCUCAGUAGCACUGGAGCUCAGCCUAUGCAGAGAUUCUCCUUCUCUGUAUCCUCUCAUAAAUAUCCUGCCAAAAUACAGCUCUGAGAGAAUGUCAACGAUUGUCCCACCAAGUCUUACGCAGCUGCUUCUGUUGCGUGAAGUUUCAAUCUGUGGAAGAUUUUGUUGGUGGCUUAGGGGAAAUGAAACUAAAAAAAAAGCUUGAAGAUCUUUAGGAGGUGUCAGGUAAAGAAAGUGUAAGUCGGAAAGUGUCCCAAAUUUCCAGCCUUUACGCGUGCUGUGGGAAAGUGUAGUGAAAUGAGCCUAAUGAGAGAUUCUGCUGUUGUAGCUUUUCGUAUUUAUCAACUGUUAAAACUGUUUGCUACUAUAAAUGUAUUGUCUGUUGACGACAAUAUUGGCCUUAACUUGUUUACAUUGAAAGAAACAUAUAGAUAUACGUUGCUCUGAAAUAUUGACGGGGGGGCUGUGCAGUUUGGCGCCACUUCAGGAGGUUAAUUCCAAAGCACCGACGAGAAAUCCAGUAAGCAAAGAAACUAAUCUGUAAUGAUAUUUUCAGUUUUGCCGCCAAGGACUUUAUGUUCUAUUCAAACGUUUGAAAUGACUUUUAUAGGAAAAAAGAUUACUUUAUUUUAAUGGUGCAUGUCUUAUUUUAGAGUGACUCCAGCGCAGGCUGUUGGCCAUCACCGCCUCGUUAUAUCCAAGCCGAGCAAUCGUCAGUAAUUUGUGGAGAGUUUUCAGCCCAAUCACGUCGUGACUAGUGUGGCACAUUUGCACUCAGCAUUUGCCUUUUUCUUCUUCUUCUUUUUUUUUUUUGCCAUGACAAUCCAUUUAGCCCUUCCUAUUAAAGGACCCUGAUUGUCACUGUAAUUUUCUUUUCAAUAGAAAUAAAAUGCUUAUAUUGGCACUUUAUGUAUAAGCUGGUGUGUGGGUGUAUUAAAUGGGUGUCUAUUUGCUUUCAAAGGGUCAUUGUUGGGUUACAUGUAGAUUAUAAUGUUGCUAUUCUGAG